AUGAGCGUUGAGUCCCUACCUACACUCAUUCACUAUGCAAUACACACUCUACUGAAGGAGGAAGCUUUAGCCAUUUCUGCUCUGAAGGAAGUGCCCAGUCAUCUAUUCCCAGAGAUGUUCAAGGAGGCCUUCACUGAAAGGCAUACCAAGGUCGUGACUGCAAUGGUGUCUGCCUGGCCCUUCCCAUGCCUUCCUGUAGGAACCCUGAUAAAGGACCCUCACCUGGAGACUUUGAAAGCAUUGCUUGAUGGGUUGAAUGUGCUGGUAACAGGGAAGGUUCAUUCCAAGUGCAAACUCAGAGUGCUUGAUUUGAGGAGGAAUGUGCACCAUGACUUCUGGAGCAUACAGACUGGAUCCCAUGAAGAUAACUGUUCACUACAGAACAUGGCACAGAAGCAGCCAGUGAAGACCUGUCCUAACCCCCGAAAGAAGAAACAUUUGAAGGUGGUAAUCGAUUUUGAACUCAAGAAGGCCAGUUUCGAUGAAUGGACAAUGUACUUGUUGCAGUGGGUCCAGGAGAGAAAGUCUUCCAUUCAUCUAUGCUGUAGGAAGCUGCAUAGUUGUGCCUCAUCAGUCUCUACUGUCAUAAAGGUCUUUGAAUUGGUAGAUUUAAACUGCAUCUUGGAGCUACGGCUGAGUCAGUGGUAGCUUGAAUUCCUGGUAGAUCUGGUUCCUUAUCUAGAGCAGAUGAGUAAUCUUCACACCCUCAUGUUAGAGGGAAUUAAGAAGCCCAUCAGUUCUAUCCCUUGUGAAGACCAGGAAGAUGAGUGGCAAAGCACAUUGCUUUCUCUGCUCUCCAACUUGGACUGUCUCCAGAAUCUCUAAUUGAAUGAUAUCUACCUUCUAGAAGGCUCCCUUGAAAAGUGGCUCAGCUGCCUGAAGACCCCUUUGGAGACCUUGUCAAUUACGGACUGCCCUCGGCUCUUACAAUCAGACUUCGAGUACCUGCCCCAUUGUCUGAAUAUUUGUAAGCUCAAAUAUCUGAACCUGAAUGCUCUCUUUCUAUCUGAUGUAGGCUAUGAGCUUCCAGGGCUCAUCCUAGAGAAAGUCACAAGUAUCCUGCAAAUUCUGGAACUGGAGCAGUGUGGAAUGACAGACUCUCAUUUCGAACCCCUCUUGCCUGCCCUGAGCAAAUGCUCCCAGAUCCUCAAAGUCAACUUCAAUCAUAAUGAUAUCUCUCUGCCCAUCCUGAAGAACCUUUGUCACACAGCCAAGCUGAGCCAGCUCACCCAGGAGCUGUACCCCGCCCCUUGGGAAUGCUAUAAGGGUUCCAAGAUUCUUAAACACAGAUUUAAGCAAAUUUGCCCAGAGCUGCUGGAAAUACUUAGGGCCCAAUGGCUACCCAAGAAAGUCACCAUUUCUACAAAUACCUGCUUGGAGUGUUUACAUUCCUGUCAAUAUUAUUAUAACCUAGAGGCCACAGAUUGGCUUUGUCAGUGUAUUUGUCCUUAA